AAGGCACAGUCGUCACAUUUGUUUAGUGGCUUUCAUUCUGAUUGAGGUCAGCUGUGGCCCUAGUGGACUUUGUCAGUCAAUGUGCUCGACCUAUUUGUCUUGGGUCCUCAAUCACAAGAUACGCCUCACAUCCCGUUCCAUUAUACACCGCCUUCGAGAGUAACCAUAAAAAAACCCCUGAUUGUCACCCUAGGAUAACUGGAAGUCGAACCUCAAGUUACUAGUAUACCGCCAUGGAUUCGCAAGUGACUCUCGUUGACCCAGCCAUCUUAGCACUCGCUAGUAUCAUCCUAGAUUUCGACCGCGAUGACAUGAAACGGACGACUAUCCGCAUACGGGGUGCUACCAGCACCCAACCUUAUUAUUACGUCGAGACGACCAAGUCGGAUAGUCGGACAGUCGUUCGUACGGGGGACCAUGUUAUUGCGACGGUCGAGCGCAGAGAUAUUUUUCCUGACCAGAUCACGUUCAAAGGUUCGCAGUCAAUGAAUCUCAGCAAAUGGCUCAAGUCUCCCAAGAUGGCCAAAUUCCCUAUCAGCUUUGUAAAGGAUGAAAAACGAUAUGAGUGGAGAAUCAACUUCAUUGGUCAGGUUGCUUUAUACGAAGAAGGUGCGGCGGUCACUGACGCCAUCGCCUGGUUCCAAGCCUCGCGCAAACGCGUCGUAGACGGCAGACCAGUGGUUUACAACGCCUUGCUCGCACUCAAGCCCGAAGCCGAUCUCAUGCGCGAUACCGUCCUCGUGUCGUGUCUGCUGGUAGAACAGAAGGCGAGGAUGAACGCGAAGGCGAACGAACUCGCAGUUGGGAGGGCUAUAUUUGAAGAAACGGGAUUGAUAGCUGGCUCACCAUUUUGAUACUGCUAUGAUUUUCAUACAUGGCGCUGGUGGUGAGACGAGCUUUGAAGCAGUAUUUGUGACGAUAAUUAGCGGUCGUAGCCUUUUUAAAUAAUAAAACUAACACUCCUACUCUUUCGACACAGCGCGGCUGGGGAAGAAGACUGCUGUACCAUAGGUUUCUUCGACGAUGAUCAUUUGAUAUAUUGACAAUUAAAACGACUGAUGGACUUGUACGACCAUGCACGUCGUCAAGCUUUUGGCGUACGAGAAAGGCCAUGACAUCUACACAUUCCACUCGACAGUGACGCUCAUCGACAAAGACGAUAUGGUGGCGGAUCUGAAAAC